UCUUUAAAAUAACAUUGUGAAAUACAAGGUCGCAAAAUCUUGGGAAAAAUGCAAGCUGUGAAGGAAAAGCUACAAGAUUUUAAUGCUGCACGUAAGGCCAAGGCUGAAGCAAGGGCCGAAGAAAAGGCCGAGAAAGAGAUUGCUAAUGCCAGAAAGAAUAUAGCUCAUGAGGUUAGGUUGGCAAAAGAAGCUGAAGCAACAAUGGAUAUACACGUGGAAAAAGCAGGAAGAAUAGCUGAGAAAGAAAUAUCAAAGCAUGCAUCUAAGAAUCCAAACGUUGGUUAUGAAAACAUGAAUUCCACAGAUCCUGCUACAGUGGAAAUAACAAAUGGACCCGCCUCUACUAUUAACUGAAAAUCAUGUUUAUAUUAGAUUAUUUAAAAGAAAUGUUACAUUUUAUAUAGCUUUAAAUAAAUAUGAAACAAAUAUGUGUGGAAACACUCCACAAAUGAAAUAUUUUGUAAUAUAAAAAAGAAAAAUCUUGAAACUAAUUAGUGUGAUGUAUAGGAACUUUUAGUUCAACUUUUCUUUCCAUGUUA